AUGAGAGAGUUUCACUCCACCAACGUGGAUCUCGAAUCCUUCAGUGUUUCCAUCUUUGUGCUUGGCUAUGCUUUCGGACCUUUGAUUCACGGACCGUUGAGCGAGCUUUACGGCCGGCUCAUUCUGUACCACGUCAACUCCCUCCUCUUCAUCCUAGCCAACGUUGCUUGCGCACUGUCGGUUUCGUUACCGAUGCUCAUCGUCUUUCGUCUCAUCACUGGCCUCGUUGGUUCCUGCCCGUUGGCUAUCGGCCCAGCUAGCGUCUCAGAUUUAUUCAUCCAGGAAGAACGAGGCAAGGGCCUUGCUGUCUGGAACCUGCCGGUACUUCUAGGUCCGGCCAUUGGACCCUUAGUUGGAAGCUACCUAUCGGCGGCUACCGGUUGGCGGUGGAACUUUUGGUUCCUAGCAAUUGCGAUGGGAGCGAUCUACAUCGCUACGCUACUACUGCUCCGAGAAACUCAUUAUCCAACUCUACUAGAACGGAAAGCUCGAGGACUACGUAAGAAAUACGGAAACCCGGAGAUAUCAUCUGUUUUGGCAUCCAGAAAGUCCCCGCGGGCCACAUUCCUGAACGCAAUCAUUCGACCGACCAGACUUCUUAUCUAUUCACCCAUUGUUCUGACUCUCUCUACCUGCGCCGCAGGCAAUUACGGCUUCAUCUACAUCAUCUUCACCACCAUGACCUCGACAUUCAUGAGCCGAUAUGGGCUCAGUAAAGGCGAUGUCGGCCUUACUUACUUGGGCUUCGGCAUCGGAAAUAUUGUAGGAAACGUAGCCCUCGGAGCUCUCUCCGACAAGCUUGUAAAAGCCAUGGCCGGCAAAGGAGAGAUGAAGCCCGAAUACCGACUUCCGCCAUUGAUACCAGGCAGCCUUUUAGUCCCGAUCGGCUUGUUUCUGUAUGGCUGGACCUCGCAGUACAACAUUCAUUUCAUGGUGCCGCUGGUUGGCACCUUCCUGGUGGGAGUCGGUACCAUCCUCAUUUUCAUGUCCAUCAAUUCGUACUUGGUCGAUGCCUUCACCGAGCAUGCUGCCAGCGCGGUUGCCGCGAGCACCGUGUUGCGUAGCUUAGGUGGGGGAUUGCUUCCGCUUUGCGGAGGGAAGUUGUAUGAAGCUGUGGGUGAUGGAUGGGGCAAUUCGAUUCUUGGCGAGCUUGAGAACAUCCAAUGA